GGCAAUGAUACCUCCAAGCUGAAGACACUCGUUUCUGAAUGGGUCAACCGCGAAUUCAAACCGAAUCCCCCGGUCGACAUGGACGAUAAACAUACCCGCGGAUUUAUCAACGAUGCGUGCGGCAAGUUGCUGUGUCCGACUGAGCUUGAUUGGAACAGCCCAGCUGUACGGGCAGGCAUUCGAGAUCGCGCAGAGGGAUAUAUUGUCACAGAUCUUUCUUUUCCAGCUUACUUAUAUGAAAAGUACACCGCCAAUUCGGACAAUUUGGAGGAGGGACUUUUCAAAGGGAAAAUUCUGAUUCAGAGCUACAAAGCUGUCUUCACGUCUCCCUCAUCAGCAAAGGAUGUCGAAGGCGACGGUGAUGGUGCAGAUGUCAUCGAAAAUAACAGACGCGCUAAGAAGACUACCUCAACAAUCAAGGUGAAGAAGCAUGUCGCGCAAAUUAUCAAGAUGGACAAAGUCAGUCCUCGCUCGAUUGCAUAUAUUGCCUGUCAAGUACGAUUCGCACUCUCAUCUAUUACCUCGUGGCGGUCUGUCGAUGGUGAUUUUGACUAUGUACAAUUUUGGCAGACCAUUGUCGACUUCUUCGAAAGGCCUCCUGGUCGGGACGCACAGCGCAGGGUCACCAGACUGCUCGAAUGGUGGACCAGGUGA